AUGGGCAGGCUUGGCGAGGGCUUGAACGGCGGAUUGAAGGUCGUGCAGGCCUAUGCGGACUCGCGUGACGGCAAUACCAAGCGCAACACCCUACUCGUCCUCACCACCGUCGUCCUCCUGUGGUGGUUGGCCUCGGCACUGUACGGACUGUUCGAGCUCCAGUUUUCGUUCUUCAUCUUCGCGUCAUUUGCGGUCCUCAUCAGCGCCAUAGGAGUCCACGCCACGUGGAAGCGUCGGAGGCCCCUCCUCUGUGUCUACAUGGUGGGCGUGGUCGUAGUGAUGGGCUUCGUCGUGGUGGGCCUAGUCAUCUAUACCAUCACCGGCGUCUUCACCCUAUCGCUCAAUGGAACGUUCCUCGUGGCCCUGCUCAUCGACCUCGCUAUCCUCCUCAUUGAGGGCCUCUCGGUUGUGCUGGCGUUCAGCCUUACCAAGGACCUCGACCCGAAGCGCGUCGUGGUCGUCGGCAGCAGCGCGGCGCCGAGUGAUCAGCAGCAGGAGUUCACCUUCUCGGAGGGUGCCGGCGCGGUCGAGAUGCAAGCCGUGGUCGCCCCGUCGAGCGCCGGCAUUCACGCAUCGGCCUACCAACCGCACCAGGCCAUGGCGGCGCCAGCUGUCGUGCCCGGAGUGUACAAUCCGGUGACCGGCACCUUCGGCCCGCCGCAGCUCCAGCCGCCCGUGGCUGGCUACCCCGUGGCAGCGCCGUACUCCAAUAGCCCCUACGGCCACAUCGCCACGGGCUAUCCUCCGCAGGGAAUGGGCCUCAGCCCCGCUGGCAUGGCCUAUGCCCAGCAGAUCGGAGACAGGUACGACCUGCCAGAGUCGCGGCCGGUCUAUGAGAACGAUAUCAUCGGUGGGGCGGUCGCCACCACCAACCUCAUGGCCGACCAGGACGCGACCAACCCCUUCGCCGACAAGUUCUAA